UUCCGUGUCCACAAAUGCAUACUCGCAGCAGCUUCGCCAUUCUUCAAGCACAUGUUCACCUUGCCGCAACCCAUCUCCACCUACGCAGACUUGCCAGAGGACAGGCAGCUUCCUGUCAUUCCCAUGUCGGAACAUACAUCUACCUUGGACACCCUUUUGCACUACGUGUAUCCUGUACCAGACCCCGUUAUCACGUCCUUGGAUGACCUAGGGUUCGUCAUAGGUGCCGCAGUCAAAUAUGACUUUGUGGGCGUCAUAUCUAGUCUUAGGAAGGUCUUGAUAUCACCAAAUUUCCUCCAUGACUCCCCAACGCGUGUCUUUGCAAUUGCCAGUCGAUAUGACUUGGAGUAUGAGGCAAAAAUCGCAUCACAGUACACGCUUUCUGUCAACGUUCUUGACUGUCCAUUAUCCGAUGAUCUCAAAUACAUCACAGCAUACUCCUAUCAUCGCCUCUUGGAUC